AUGUCGUUUAUGUUUGGCGGCGGAGCAUCCCAAAAUGCUGGUUCGGUCGACCCCAUGAAGAUGGAGAUGGCCGCGAGCGAGCUCGACAUGAUCACGGACGUGUUCAACCGCCUGGUCAACUCGUGCCACACAAAGUGCAUCCAGCCGGACCCGCGCAAGCACUGGUACGCCGAGCCGGACCUCAACAAGGGCGAGGCGGUGUGCAUCGACCGGUGUACGGCAAAGUUCUUCGAGGUCAACAAGAAGGUCGGCGAGCGCCUGCAGAGCAUGGGCGGGCAGGCGCAGGCGACCGGCUCGUUUGGCAUGUAG